CUGUCCAGGUAAAGCAUCGGUACUUACUGCUUUAUGAGGGCUACUAUCCUCAAAAACCUUCUAAAAUUAAACCGAAGUAAAUAAAGCAAGUUAAUUUAUGUUUAUCAUGCCUUCAGUUAAGACAAGCAGUAGCUCCGGUUGCCACCCUCUAAAUAACAGUGUAACAAAGUACCAGCACUUUUUCUUUGCGGCUGUCAAAUGUACGUGAAGUAACUGUUACAGGAUUAGCACUUAAUGUUUGUUCAUAUGAGUUCUUGGAAACACUUUCAAGAUUUCACAAGGAAAUUUACCGGCAGCACCUGUCACUCAACUACACAGUGGAAGCGCUGAAAUCACGUGGUGUUUUGUUUACAUGUGCCUGCUGGAAGUGUGGAUGGGAUUAGAGCCGGUGGAAAAGAAGGGAAGCCACUUUGUACAGUGUGACAAAGGUUCGAUAAGGCCCGUCAGCGGCGAAAUGAAGGCAGCUAGCAGGGACCUUCUAAAAAUCACUCACAACAGUUCCGAGCGCUUGAAGAGAAUUUUGAAAAAGAUGGGAUCUUCUGCUGAGCCUUUAAGUCCAUUGUCUCGUUGGUACAUCUAUGCUAUCCAUGGUUACUUCUGUGAGGUUAUGUUUACAGCUGCCUGGGAAUUUGCCGUAAAUUUUAACUGGAAAUUUCCUGGUGUCACCAGUGUAUGGGCCCUUUUUAUUUAUGGUACAUCCAUCAUGGUCAUUGAGAAGAUGUAUAUUUUCUUAAAAGAUAAGUGCCGUACUCUGACUCGAUGUGUAUUGUACACUCUAUGGGCAUAUGCGUGGGAAUUUUCCACAGGAUUCAUAUUGCGACAAUUCAAUGCCUGCCCUUGGGACUACUCUUCUUUUGAUUAUGACUUUAUGGGAUUAAUAACCCUAGAAUAUGCAAUUCCAUGGUUUUGUGGUUCUCUUUUUGUAGAGAAAAUGGUAAUCAGGAAUACUCUUCGCUUAAGAUAUGAUGAAAAUGGAGAUGUGAGCUCUCCAAGCGCUGCAUUCAGGGCUGUAAUUGAAUGCCUGAAGUCUAAAAAGACCAAAUGAUGACAUUCUUACAAACUGAGUACCGACCUGUAGAUAAAAGGUGAUUUUGAGUAAUCAUUCGUUUACACUUUCAUUUUCAUUUUCUCAACUUCUGUAAUUGUUUUGUUGAUACCUUUAUCAUUAUGGAUGCAUUUUUAUUCUGCAUUCAGUGAGUUUCUGGUGUUUGAAACAGAAUUCUUAGGUCAUCUCAUAGCCUGGAAGUUGUUAUUAAUACAAAAUGAAUUUAUUUUAUUGUCUGUUAAUAGUGAUGUAGGUAUCUUAAUAUGGAUUAUUGGAUAGAGCUGUGUAUUUCUUUGCAGGUAACAAUGUUAAAUCAAAAUAAGUUCAGAUUUUAAGUUGGACAAACAUGUUAGUGUAAUUUUCUCAUGAUUAUUUGUGAUAAGCAAAUUCAAAGAAUGGCAUUGCCAUAUCAUUGCUUAAAAAUCAAGGGCUGAGUUUCUGUGGAGCAAGAAUUGAUAUUUAUUAUGUUGGUUAUAUAUUUCUUAAAGGGCUACAUUUGAAAAUAGGAUUUAUAAGGAUUGUGGACCAAUAAAUACACAGCUUAUGGCAACU